GAGCUGCUGCAUUGUUAAAGUAGUCCAAGAUGCCGGUGGUACUGCGAUCCAGAAAACCGAUACCCCUCAGUCAGGCACGUGAGGAGAGUGACUCGCGUGAGCUCGAGUUUCUAGACACAACGGUAAAGCCGAGGAGAAGGACGACCCGCCUGCUCAGGAGAACUACGUACGAGGAGUCAGAUGAGUCAGACUCUGAGUCUGUCCAAGUGAUGGAGACACGUCAAAGUCCUGCUGCAGAGCUGGAGGAGGAAACUGCUGAGGAGGCUGGUGCAACGUUAACGGAACUGAAGUAUUGUCGCGUUGUGCUGGACCGUCUGCGGGCUGAAGACAAGGCUGUAAGAAAAGAACUCGAGGACAAAGAAGACAUGAGCCGCAAAGGGGGGAAACUCCUCUCCCGAAUCCCCACUUUCCGACCACGUCCCAGAUCCGACUUUGAACCCCCCUCUUCGUUAAGCAGCACAGAAGGAGCUGCUGCAGCAGCCCCUAGUCCCCUGAUCCCUGCAUCCAAGAGCUCCAGUUCGUCUGAAUCUUCUCUGAAUGCGAGCACCAGGCCGGCCCUCAGACCAGAGCACGGCUCACAGCAGCAUGUAGGAUCUGAGAAAGCUGGCAGCAUGGAGGUCACCAAAUCCAAGCUGCCUGAUGUGAGAGAAACAUCACUGCCCCUGCCAUCAGUCCGCAUUCCCAAAAUGGACUCUGAAGCCACCUCUCUGCUAAGCAGCACAGAACGAGCCGCUGCAGCAGCCCCUAGUCCCCUGAUCACUGCAUCCAAGAGCUCCAGUUCGUCUGAAUCUUCUCUGAGUGUGAGCCCCAGGCCGGCCCUCAGACCAGAGCAGGGCUCUCAGCAACAUUUACUGGAGCAUGAGGAGGGCAACACGUUAGACAUAGAAAAUGAACCCUUUCAGGAUGCCACCAUAACUCAACUUCCAUGUGAGGACUCCAUCAGCCAAAUGCCACCGAAAGACGCGGAAGAGUAUUUCGCCGUUGAGGUUAAAAGCAGGAUUACGCUCACCGCCGCUGGAGAUACCGAGGACGAGGCUAUUAUGGACGAACAACCGCCGUGGGAGACGGGGUCGACUGACCCACCUGAUCUAAAGGACAGUAGAUCUUCAUCAGAUGUUGAAUGCGAGGAUGACAUUGCAGAUGAAAAGUCCGACGGCAAUGAUUCAGAGGAGAGGGAUAAGCAUCAUGAGCCACUUAUAAGCCAGUCAGAGUUCUCGGAUCCUGCAGAGGAAACCCCCAAUGUUGAUGAGUUGACCUCUCUUGUAGCACCAGAGAAGCCUGCUGGAGCUCAAUCAACCAAGUCAACUAAGAGUUCAGGAGGCUCCAGCUUUGCCCUUUUCUGCCUCCUGCCCACCACCUUGCUGCUACUUGGGGGGUUGAGCCAGCACGUGUGGCACUACGGGCUUCCCAUGUCUGUGGCUGAGCUCACCGCUCAGAUGGAACUGCACUGGCUGGAGGGCUUUGGCCUAGUACCAGAACCUUGCAGCACCGAUUGUCGAGUGCGCCUGGUGGAGAGCAUCCCCGAGGGUCUCUACCAGCCCUCUCCCUCGUCCAGACCGAGCAUCGCAGACAGCUGGCUACAUCUGCUGGACAAAGCCGACAGCUCGGUCCAUAUCGCUGCUUUCUACUUCACUCUACGUGACAGGGAGUUAUCUCACUCCUCUGACUCUCAGGGAAGAAUGGUCUUUGAGCAACUUAAACAACUUGAAUCCAAAGGUGUGGAACUCCAGAUUGCCGUGAACGCCCCCCAGACCUCCACUCAAGAUACGGCAGAACUGGCUGCAACAGGGGCAGAGGUCAGAGAGGUGGACCUCAAGGCUGUGACCGGAGGCAUCGUCCACACCAAGCUGUGGGUGGUGGAUCAGAAGCACUUCUACCUGGGUAGUGCUAACAUGGACUGGCGUUCUCUAAGUCAGGUGAAGGAGGUGGGCCUGUCGGUGGAGGACUGCAGCUGCCUGGCCCAGGAUGCCUCUCGGAUCUUUGGCGUGUACUGGAGCAUCGGCGGGGCGAAAAACGCCUCCCUGCCGCCGUACUGGCCUGCUCGUCUCUCUGCCUUGUCCAGCUCCCAGAAUCCCCUGCGGCUGAAGUUCAACGGAGUGCCUGCUCAAGUGUACCUGUCUAGUUCCCCUCCGCAGAUCUCCGCCCGCGGCCGCUCGGACGAUCUCGCCACCAUCCUGUCCGUCAUCGACGACGCCCAGAAGUUCAUUUACAUCUCCGUCAUGGACUAUCUCCCUCUGUCGCAGUACACAGAGCCGCUCAGGUUCUGGCCCGCCAUCGACUCGGCGCUGCGUGCCGCCGCCUGCGCCAGACGCGUGCAGGUUCGACUCCUGGUCAGCUGCUGGAAGCACUCCCCCGCCGCCAUGUUCCCCUUCCUGCAGUCCCUGCUGGUGCUCGGCAGACCUCAGCUGAGGUGUGACGUUGACGUGAAGAUCUUCACAGUGCCUUCGACAGCCGAGCAGAUGAAGAUUCCCUUCGCACGAGUCAAUCACGCCAAGUACAUGGUUACAGACCGAGUGCUCUAUAUCGGGACGUCCAACUGGUCGGAGAACUACUUCACCCAGACGGCUGGAGUGGGCCUGGUGGUGAACCAGACCGGCUCUGAGGUUAAAGAAGGCCAGGAGACUUUACAGCAGCAGGCCGAGGAGCUCUUCCUCCGAGACUGGACGUCCCAGUACGCCAGCGCUCUCUCUGCGGACGCCGUGGACGUCUGCCCUGGCGGCUCGCACUGGGGGUUCGUUGCUCCGUAAAGCACGUCACGUCUCUCCUGCCCCCGCUACUUGAACUUUUUGUGCAGAAUCCGCUUGCUGUACACUGUGAAGGAACACACUUUAUUUGUAUAAUCGUUUCCUGACUGGCUGCCUUUUUUUGUAUAUAAUUGCGUUUAGUUUUUUUAUAUAUACAUUUUGUUUCAAGACAUGUUAUUUUUAUACUUUGUUGUGACGAUUUUUUACAUGCAAGUUAAGGUGCAAGGGGGAGCUCGCUUUGUACAAUUGAUUUCAUGCCUGGAGCAUUUUGUAUAUUUACCUUUUUAAAAUGUCGGCGCAGAGCUUCAACACUCGGAUGCAGGAAAUGAGCUUUCCGUUGUAUGUGCCAUUUCUGAGUCUGUAGCAACAGGGGGGGGAGCCUUGACCAACAGCCACUUUGCUAGUUUGAAAGCCAUGAGGUCUCUCUCAUGGGGGGGGGGGAAUUAUGUGGGAGGAAUUCAGAGGAAAGGGAUGUAACCUUGCCCCUUAUGACCUCAUAGGUAGCAAGACUCCAGAUCAGCCCAUCUGAGCUUUUAAUUUCUCAAAGGCAGAGCAGGAUACCCAGGGCUGGGUUUACACCAUUUACAUCCACUGGGGGACCUUAGGCAGGCUGGGGGAACUCAUAUUAAUGUCCAAAAAAAAAACAAAUCCAUAAA